AUGGUGGUGGAGUUUGAGAGUUACUGCAGAAGACGAAUUUUGGACACCUCCAAACAAAGGCAAGUGCGGAAGAAGACAGUCUCCUUCAGCUCGAUGCCCAGCGACCGUAAAAUCAACAGCACGGCGGCUUGUAUGGCCUUCAUGAUGGAGGGCUGCGAGAUGAAGAAAGUCCGCUCCAACUCCCGCAUGUACAACCGCUAUUUCCUCCUCGACCCCGACAUGCGCUGGUUGCGAUGGGAGCCCUCCAAAAAGGAUUCGGAAAAGGCCAAAUUGGAAAUCAAAAGCAUUAAAGAAGUGCGACUGGGGAAGAAAACGCCAAUCCUACGCAGCAAUGGACUCUCUGACCAGUUUCCGGAUGAGUGCGCCUUCUCGAUUAUUUACGGCGACAAUUACGAGUCCUUAGAUUUGGUUGCUAGCACUGCAGACUUAGUUAGUACUUGGGGUAAAAAGCUGCCUCCGAGCUGCCCUGAUAGCGAGGGAGAUGUUACAGAUGAAGAAGAAGGGUUAGAAAUGUCAAGAAGAGUGGGUUUUGACGACAAAGACCAGCUAAACGGUUUGAGUUUCAAAAGACUGAGACUUUGCCGGGAGCUUUCUGACCUCGUCUCUCUCUGCAAGUCCGUACAGUUCAGGGAUUUUGACGUCUCCAAACGAGAGCAAAAAUACUGGGAAAUCUGCUCCUUUAACGAGGUGGACGCAAACAGGUACGCUAACGAGUUCCCGGAAGAGUUUGUCUGCUACAAUAAGCGCUUUCUGUCCAGGGUAUAUCCCACUCCAAUGCGAAUAGAUGCCAGUAACAUGAACCCUCAGGAUUUUUGGAAGUGCGGUUGCCAGAUAGUUGCGAUGAAUUAUCAAACUCCAGGACUGAUGAUGGAUUUAAACUUGGGUUGGUUCAGACAAAAUGGAAACUGCGGGUAUGUUUUGCGACCAGCUAUCAUGAGAGAGGAGGUGUCUUACUUCAGUGCCAAUGCUAGGGACUCGCUACCGGGAGUUUCUGCGCAACUUCUUCACAUUAAGGUGAUCAGCGGACAAAACUUACCCAAACCACGGGGGUCCGCGGCAAAAGGUGACGUGGUGGAGCCAUACAUAUACGUCGAAAUACACGGCAUACCAGCAGACUGUGCGGAGCAACGGACCAAAACAGUUGCUCAAAAUGGCGACAACCCCAUUUUUGACGAAAGUUUUGAGUUUCAGAUCAACUUACCCGAACUGGCAGUGCUAAGAUUUGUGGUUCUUGAUGAUGACUACAUUGGAGAUGAAUUUAUCGGGCAAUACACAAUCCCGUUUGAGUGCCUACAGCCUGGAUACCGGCACGUCCCACUCCAGUCGCUAACGGGGGAGUUUUUACCCAAUACGACGUUGUUUGUCCACGUAGCCAUCACGAAUAGAAGAGGUGGAGGGAAGGCGCAUAAGAGGGGGAUUUCGGUGAGGAAAGGGCGAAAGGCACGGGAGUACACCACCACCAAAACAACGGGGAUCAAAGUCGUGGAUGAACUGUUCAGAGCAUCAACGCAGCCGCUCAGAGAAGCCACAGACCUCAGAGAGAACGUACAGAAUGCCAUGGUGUCGUUCAAAGAGCUGUGUGGCCUGACCCCUGCUGCCAACAUGAAGCAGUGCAUCUUGACCGUGUCCACGUGGCUCAUGAACAGCGAGCGCUCCCUGAAGGUGACGGUGGAUCUGAGUGAACCGUACCCCACGAUGGAGGCGCAGGGACCGGUGCCCGAGCUGCUCCGUAAGGUCCUGACGGCCUACGACAUGAUGAUCCAGACCAGCAGGAUCCUGAUUGAGUCUGCAGACCUGGUCUACUCUAAACUGACACAAGCACAACGCGCCGGCGGCUGGAAACGCUGUGUAAUCUGGCCACAUGCCAACCCAAUGUCCUCAAGGCCCCAAAGUCAAUUUAGAGCCGAUACGUCCAGCGCGACUCCCUGGUGUCUGUGUGGGGAGAAAACUAAUGGGCUGUCCGUCUUUCAUCCUCGUCUCUCUCUGCUCUCGCUUGUCGUCAUCCAAACCAUAGUUCAUGUGGCGUUCGCCUGGAGGAUGUGGAGCAGACUGGUUCAGUGA